UGAAUUUUUAAAAAAAGAUCUGAUCAUGUCACUGGUAGACUUUAUAAGCGAGAAACUUGCUACGGUUGACCUGAAAGAUAAUGAGAUCUCGGAGUACGUAGCCGGGAUCGUCAGCGAAGAAUUUCUGGAAGAGUCUGAAAAGAGAGAAGCUCUAGCAGAAUUCCUUAGUGAAUCAACAGACAAGCCUACCGAUGAUUUGGUAGACAGUUUCUUUAUCCGGUGGACAGAGGAUCAAGAGAAAGAAAAGCAAGCAGCUGAGGCAGCUAAGGCCGAAGCAGCAUCUAAAGCGAAGGAACGAGAAAAAAAGAGUUUAGCAGCGGGUAUCGAAAGUACAACUGUUGAUGGCAAAGAGCCAUUAACCAUGUCACGAAGAAUGGCACCAAAGCAGCUAACAAAGGAAGAAAAAGCUCAGAGAGAGCGAUUAAUGAGAGAAUAUGGCUACGAUCUUGAAGAAGUUGUAGAAGGGGCAGAUGGUGAAACCGAAAUCUUGUAUAAAGAUCGAUCUAAGAAGUCUACUGGUAGGAUAUUCUGAAAGUUAAUGAACAUUUGGUUGAAGUUACUGAUUUUCCAUCGACCAUUCAUAGGUGAUGAUCCGUUACUGAUGAAGAAUCAGAAUGCGUCAAAAAUUAAAGAAGAAGAGCAACGUCGACGAGAGAAGAUGAAACAAGACAGUGAGAGAGAAAAGGAGCGCAUCUUACAACAACAAGAGA